AUGGGGCAGCGCCUGAGCGGCGGCCGAUCCUGCCUCGAUGUCCCCGGCCGGCUCCUGCCGCAGCCGCCGCCGUCCCCGCCACCGGUGAGGAGGAAGCUCGCGCUGCUCUUCGCCAUGCUCUGCAUCUGGCUCUACAUGUUCCUGUAUUCGUGCGCCGGCUCGUGCGCCGCCGCGCCGGGGCUGCUGCUGCUGGGCUCGGGGUCCCGCGCCGCCCACGCCCCGCCAGCCCUGGCUCCGGGUCCCGAUGGGACUGCCCCCAGGCUGCCGUUCCAGGCGGCGCCGGCCACCCCGCUGGCUGCGGGCAAGGAGCCGGCCGAGGGCGCCGCGAGCCAGGAGGAACAGAGUCCCGAGACGCCGGACUCCCCCAGCUCCAUCUCCAGCUUCUUCAGUGGGUCCGGGAGCAAGCAGCUGCCGCAGGCCAUCAUCAUCGGCGUGAAGAAGGGCGGCACGCGGGCUCUGCUGGAGUUCCUGCGCGUGCACCCCGACGUGCGCGCCGUGGGCGCCGAGCCCCACUUCUUCGACCGCAGCUACGACAAGGGCUUCGCCUGGUACCGGGACCUGAUGCCGAGGACCCUGGAGGGGCAGAUCACCAUGGAGAAGACACCCAGUUACUUCGUCACCCGCGAAGCGCCCGCGCGCAUCUCGGCCAUGUCCAAGGACACCAAGCUCAUCGUGGUGGUGCGGGACCCGGUGACCCGAGCCAUCUCGGACUACACGCAGACGCUGUCCAAGCGGCCCGACAUCCCCACCUUCGAGAGCUUGAUGUUCAAGAACCGCACGACGGGCCUCAUCGACACGUCGUGGAGCGCCAUCCAGAUCGGCAUCUACGCCAAGCACCUGGAGCCCUGGCUGCAUCACUUCCCCAUCGGCCAGAUGCUCUUCGUGAGUGGGGAGCGGCUCAUCAGCGACCCGGCCGGCGAGCUGGGCCGCGUGCAGGACUUCCUGGGCCUCAAGAGGAUCAUCACCGACAAGCACUUCUACUUCAACAAGACCAAGGGCUUCCCCUGCCUGAAGAAGGCCGAGGGCAGCAGCAAGCCCCACUGCCUGGGCAAGACCAAGGGCAGGACCCACCCCGAGAUCGACCGCGAGGUGGUGCGCAGGCUGCGUGAGUUCUAUCGGCCGUUCAACUUGAAGUUCUACCAGAUGACCGGCCAGGACUUCGGCUGGGAUUGAUCGACCCCCGGGCCGUGUGACUUACCACUCGGCUUAUGUAUCGAGAGAGGUUAUAUGUAUGUAAAAUGUACAGAAAUCUAUUUUAUAAUAAUUUAUUUUUAAUUCGUAAGCAAUUAACUCACUCAGCUGCCUAGCCACACUCUUUAGAGAGUUAGUCUCAUAAUCUGUUAACAUUCCAAAGUGUUUAAUCUUUUCUUUUCCUCACGAUUGAUGGUGCUUCCGUCCCCCCCGCUCCCCGCCCCUACCCAUUCUAUUUAAAAAGAAGAAAAGCACAACUUGAGAUUUUUGUUGUUACGGGUACGCAGCCUGCAGUCGCUGUCUGAGUUCACUUGCCAUCUCCCUGUGUCUUGGGUCUUGUAGUCCAGCUGCCAUUCCUCCCUCCCUGCCCUCGUACCUCCGAGGAGCGCCCAGCUGCCCCAGCAGCUCGGCUCCCUCAAGGUCAUGUCUCAUGUAGCAGCCUCCUGCCCGUGUGUCGACAUUUCGAAGGACGUAGAGGCCAGACCACAGCGCUAGGCUUUCCGCCCCGAGUCUACUCAGCUCGCGGGGGAGUCACUACCUUGGUAGGGACACGCGCCUCCUCUCUGGAGUCUGCGUCCCAGGGUCCGUUUACUUCAGCUUAUGAUUUUGAGAGAGAGCCCUGCGUCCCCUUCUGCCCCGGUCCCUGGUUCUUGAAGCCGCUUGAAGCGUAUGCAGAUGUUACAGCCCCUCUUUCCCAGGUCACGUGUGUGAGAUGCUUGGGUGCUGCUUUAGAACUAAAGACGACCUCUCCUUUGCAUGAGUACACCAUGCUCGGUCCUCCAGGCAGACAGUUCUGCUCUGACACACCAAAGAAUCCCCUAGGCUAGCAGAACCAUCAGCACAAACCCGCAGGUGCCGGGUGUCCAGACCCAGAGGGCUCAGGUGCAUCCCACGCCCUCAGAGCCCCCCAAGGUGCUGCUGGGUGCCGAGCCAGCCCACGUGGGGCACAUCCCAGUAGUAGGCGGACCACCUCAGUGGGGAGAAAAGCCAAAAGAGCACCAGAAGGACAGGCGGCCUGGCAGAAGAAGCAAGUCCCUGGCCCCCUGCUUGAUGUCUGGAACUCGCCUCCUUGGAAUUCCUAGCUCAUCACAGACUGACAGCACAGUCUGUCGCCAACAGCCAGACAGCAAGCAGCAGGAGUGGCUCUUGCAGAGACAAGCUGGGGGAAGAAAGUUGUUGACUGGCGGCCGCCGAACCUAACGAUUAUGAAGAUGUCCCUUGUUUGAGCUAGGUCCCAGGAGAAGAGUCUCCAGUAUUGUCGCUGCUGAUGCAGAAUGCUCUCCCCUCCAUCCCUCUCUGUUGAGAGAGCAGUUGGAGAUUAUUUUUGACGGCCAGCUUGUGGCAGUCGGGGUCACCAUAUAGCAAUAUCACAGAAUGAACAUGUUCACUGUAUCCUGUUUUCUAAACCGGAAUGCUUCUACCAUAGAAGAAUUUUCAUUUGAGUUAUAGUUGCACCAAGGCUUACGUGGGAAGACGCACACAUUGGCCAAAUGGUUGGGGUGUGAUAUUUACAAAGACAGGAAGUUUUAUUUUGAGUUACAGUUGCACCAAGGCUUAUAUGAGAAGAGACACACAUUGUCCAAAUGGUUGGGGUGUGAUAUUUAAGAAGACACUCUUGUGCAUUGGAUGGGAUAGAACUUGCCCCGUUGAGCAAGAAAAUUUGUAUGAAAAGAGAGAGAAAUAAUUCAUCUUUCAUCAAAACUGAUCACCAUGUCACCGGUCCUUGAGUGAUGUCGUUUGGUAAUUGGUUUGUAUUCGCCCACAAGUUUGAGCCCAGACAUAGCUCGCUCACACUGAGCAGCAAAACAAUCAGGAUCAUCGUGUAGGUUCUGGGCAGGAGGAUGGGCACUGGGGCUCCAUGCAUUAUUCCCCAGAUGCUCUGUUCAUUUCAGAGCUUAAUGACUGCCUCUACCAAGUAGUACAGAAGCUGCCUUUAGGGGAAUACCAUAAUCCUAGCACGGUUCUCCCUUCUUGCUGCUUGGGCGUCCAGACAUCUGCAUAAGGGUACUCUAAGGGGUUGUACGUUUUUGCGGUCAGAAAGCUCAUUUGUAAUAAAACGGAGAAUGCUUCUUUCCAGUUACAACGUAACAUCGCUUAAAGUAAAAGUCAGGAUCCACAACCUCCACGGAACCCCGCGCUGACCACUUUCUGGCCACUUUUCGUGCCCUGAUAUGGCUCGUGAUGUAGAAUUGCAGAAAAAGCGCAGCGAAGGGUGUGCGACAAGGCAGUAGGAAAACGUGCGUACGUUUUUCCUUCCCUUCGGGUCCCUGUUGUCUUUCUAAGCUGGACAGUUUUGAUUAAGUUGUUUAUCCCCUGCCUUACAACUGAAACAGGAAAUCUCCAGAUAGAAGGAGGGUCACUGAGUCAUGAACACUGGAGUCAGGAUUCUAUUCUGGGUCAAAUCCUCGAAUCCAAACAGAUGUUGAUAAUUGGCAAGGACAGACUAGAGUACGUUUUCCUGUAGAAGAUAAAUAAAUGAAAACUUCCAUGCAUCUCUUCAUAGGGGUCUGAUAGCUUACAGUUCCCGACCCCCGCAGAAGCGGCAUCUGCCCCACGGUUACACCCCGUCAUGUGAUAGUUAUUACUGAGCCGGGGCGCAUAUGUCCUCCCGCAGAAGUUAAGCAACACGUACAAUUCAGCCUUGAGUUUCUUCCUGUUCUAGCAAUCUCCAAGGCCACCAGCUCAAGUUCUUAGCUGCUAGAAGACAAACACCGGUUUGUGUUUUGGCACUUUGUCCCUAUGCACGCUUUGGGUUUUUUCCAGUUUACAGGGAAAACUGAUAAUUCACUGGGGGUACUUUAUUCCUCUCUGUUUCAUUUGCUUGUUAAAAAGAUUAACAAACAAAAAAAAGAAAUUGGAGGUUUUUAUUGUCCCUGUCUACCCCAUGCUUGCUUUGAGGUGUUUGGUAACUUGGGAGGUGGUACCUGGAAAGGUAUUUAGGUAUAGUGACUGCAUAAUAAAUACUUGGAUGACGGAGGAAGAGACAUUGUCUUUUUCGCGGGAUUCUCUUUGGAAGUCAUUUUGAGUGACAGAUACAUUUUAGGCCUUUGGAGAAACAGUUUCAGAUCCUGCCAGGAUAUUUACAUAAGAAAGGAAAAUGGAAGGUUCCAGUAGACUAGAAAUACUUAGCAUGUAUCUCAAACGCUGACACAGACGUCUGUGUGAUUUUUCUUUUUCAGUUUCUCAAGAAGGAUGGUCAAACUGAAAGGUGUGGUUAGAUGUUUUUUUUUCACUUUUGUAACAUUAAUUUAUGACUGAGUUCAUUCAGCCCAGUAAUCUGAAAUACGGUGCAAAUUCUAGCCGUGUGUCUUCUAUAACCUGGAUGUUAGAAUAGCCAAUAUGUACAAAAAGAAUUAAAACAAGUAUUUUGUUCUAUGUAUAACACAAAUUAAUUUUACACAGAGAAAGAUGUUUCUAGGAAAAAGAAAUUCUGGUAAUUCAUACUACUUCUUUGUAUGAACAAAUAAAAUCUAUUUUACCAA